CAGCUCUGGAACUACAGUUCGAACAUCAGAAAGCGUCCGCACUUUCCAGCCGCCAGAUGAGAAGAAGAAGAGCGCGUGAUUUGGGAGGGAGGGGAGCUGCCGUACCUUGCCUUUCAUGAUGGUUCAAUCAAUCGGACCCCCCCCCAAAGCAGUAAGGUGGCUUCUCGUAUAUAAAUGUGUGGCCUUCUCAGACUUGGUUGCCUCCUCUUCUCUAUAUCAGUUCCCUUUACCACCAUUGCAGCUUAUUAAGUCGUCGGGGUACCUCAAAAACGACCAUGUUACCCCCAAAGAUCUACACCUUCCUAUGUGGCUGCUUCGCCGCCAUGGGCGCGAUGCUCUAUGGUUAUGAUCUGGGUGUCAUCUCUUACGUUCUGGUAGCGCCGGAUUUCCUCAAGACCAUGGAUACCACAGACGAGAAUUAUAUCGGCUUCAUAACUUCCUCUAUGCUGCUCGGUGCCUUCGUCGGUAGUAUCCCCGCUUCUUUGAUUGCAGAUGCUUUCAGCAGAAGAAUGGCUAUCACCGUAGCAGGUGUGGUCUUCAUCAUCGGUGGUAUCUUGCAGACGGCAGCUCCAAACAAGGAGGCUAUGUUUGCUGGGCGAUUCUUUGCUGGUAUUGGUAUCGGCAUGCUGGGACUGUUGACGCCUUUGUACCAAUCCGAGAUCGCUCAUCCUUCGGCUCGUGGUAUGCUUACAGCAACCUUCCAAUUCUUUCUCGGUAUCGGCUCUUUCAUAGCAGGAUGGAUCGCGUAUGGUGUUGCGCAGACUCACUUUGAGUCGCCCAUGGCGUGGAGGCUUCCGCUUGGAUUCCAAAUGCUCCCCGCGGUCCCACUCAUCUUCUUGACUUUCCUCUUACCCGAAUCUCCUCGAUGGUUGAUCAUCAAAGGCCACGACGAAAAGGCCCUCAGGAGUCUUGCUCGUCUGCAUGCAAAGGGUGACGAGAGCGAUCCAUUCGUGCUGGGGGAGUUUGCCGCUAUCAAAAACAAAGUCGAUGCCGAAGCCGUUAUGCAACAGUCUUGGAGACUUAUCUUCAACUUUGAAGACCGGACAAACAUGAGAAAGGUGCUGUAUGGUAUUAUCCUACAAUUCUCCGUUCAAAUGACUGGUGUGUCGGCUAUCCAAUACUAUGCCCCCACGGUGUACGCCUCAGUCGGGUUCUCAACCAAUACUUCUCUCUUGAUUAAUUCCAUCAACUCUGUCAACGCUCUCAUCGCCCAGUUCUGCUGUAUUCUCUUUGUUGACAAGAUUGGGCGUCGAUUCCCUUUGAUCUUUGGAAAUAUCUUAUCAGGAACCUGUUUCGCUGUCGCUACUGCAUUGGCAAAGCAGUUCGCGGAUGGACGUGGCAGCAGAGGCCAAGGUAUCGGUUUCGUCGUCGUGCUCUACGUAUACAACUUCUUCUUUUCUGCCUGUAUCGGUCCUCUCUCUUGGAUCUACCCGGUUGAAAUCAUGAACACUGCUAUUCGAGCCAAAGCGACGGCAAUGGUAAACAUGGCUGCUUGGAUCUCGAACUUUAUGAUUGGUCAAGUCUCUCCCAAGGCUUUCGCCAACAUCGGCUGGAGAUAUUACCUGGUUUUCUGCAUCUGUUCCUUUACCAACGCCAUCACCUUCUACCUUUUCUUCCCUGAAACCCGAGGCCGAACGCUGGAGGAAAUGGACAACUACUUUAGGCAGAUGAACCUCAUCGUGCCGUUGACGAAGGAUGUACAGAAGAUCUCGGCGCAUGAGCGAGAGGCGCAGCUUGUGGAGCAAGGUGUCAUUCAACAAGAGGUGGGCAUGCAACAAGAGGUGGACGAGAAGGAUGAGAAGAAUGAAAAAAAGGAUGAGAAGAAGGAGAUUGAGCAUCAGGAGGUGGUAUAGGGGAUCAAGCCGGCGGUUUGAGCAGGCUUUUGAGGAUAGGAGUUGUCCGCGGGUUAUUUGUUUUUUGAUCUGUAUUCGAAGGUUCUUUGAAGGGUUUAUGUAUGCGAUG